GAAAAGUAUGGCGGCAAGUGUUUACGACAACUGAUCCAGUGUCGAAGUGCCGUUCUAAAUCGCGUAGCACUCGAAUCGCGUGGUGCGGAUUUGGCAUUCGUCCGUCGGAUUCGACUCAACGAAUCAAUUCGCGAAUACUUUGUGUUGAGUAAGUGAUUAUUGUUGCCGUCUGGCGGGUGACAGUGUUAUGUAAAGUACGCGCGGUUAUCGCCGCCCGCUAAACAAUCUAAUCAAAUAUCUGUGCACACCAAGGAGAUUCAGAAACGUCCAGGUGACGUACCCUACUCUUCGCGCCCGCUGUUUUAACUCCAUGAGGGGAUGAGCACUGGAGGGGAUGGGGGCGGCGUCGGCGUUCAGACCGGCGUCGGCGGAGGUGGUCGUGGAACCCCUCCGCACGGCUCGCCUACCCCAAUGGACAAGGCAACGCUCAAGGUUCACUUGCCCAAUGGGGGUUUCAAUGUCGUCAAAUUUGGUGAUGCAAUUGACGUUAGGGGGAUCAUUUCACUCGUGACGAGCCGGCUGGCGGUAAGCACCAGGCAAUAUCGUCACCUCUACGCCAUGAGGUUACACCAUCCAGGAUCUGGGGAGAGCUACUGGCUUCAUCAGGACACAACCAUGUACCAGGUUCAAGAAAAAUACGAACGGAAGCAUCCUCAUAGCGAGUGGAGGUACGAAUUAAGGGUCCGAUAUCUACCGCAGAACCUUAACGAUCUCUACGAAAAGGACAAAGUUACGUUUUACUACUAUUACGAUCAGGUGAGGAACGACUACCUGAGCGCAAAUCACGCCACUCUGGACCAAGAUGUUGCCGUACAAUUGUGCUGUCUUGAGAUUCGGUACUUCUUCAAAGACAUGCCGCAAAUUGCGCUGGACAAGAAAAGCAACUUGGAAUAUUUGGAAAGAGAGGUCGGACUCCACAAGUUUCUGCCCCGAACCGUUUUGAAUGGCAUGAAACCGAAAGCACUCCGCAAGCUGAUACAACAACAUUUCAAAAAAGUAGCCGCCCUUUCCGAACUCGAAUGUAUGUUCAAAUUCUUUGAACUUCUUCGAUCCUACUACAGAUUUGACCAGGAGAGAUUCAUAUGCGCAUUGGGGUCGAGCUGGUCGAUACCAGUUGAACUCGUGAUUGGACCUGACUUGGGCAUUUCAUACAUGGCACAUCGAGGUGGAACAGUGCCGUCGAGAAUAGCCGAGUUCUCGCAGAUCCAGUCAAUUCAGACUUUGGUGUCGGAUUGCAAGGAACAUGCAAAGGCCUGCAUCAAACUGAGAGUGGCAGGAGCUGCAGAAACCCUGAGUAUCACUUGCUCGAGUUUGGAUCAAGCAGAGAGUCUGGCAGACUUGAUCGAUGGAUACUGUAGGCUAACCACUGGGAGUAACACAUCUUUGUGGAAUAGAAAAGCUGCAUCCUGGAAAAAUUAUCCCUGCCCUUGUAAAGAUGCUCAUCCACCAAAGUAUAGGCAUGACGCAACAGACAGUCCCGAGAAAAAUUCCGGAAAAACAGGAACAAUUCUAUCUGAGGACUAUGCAGAGAUUGUCGACGAGGAAGGAGAUUACUCAACGCCAGCUACUCGAGACUACGAAAUUGUUAGAAAUCAAGUCGAGCUAGGUGAAAUAAUCGGAGAAGGUCAAUUCGGCAACGUUCACAAAGGAUCGUACAGAGGCCGAGAUGGUCAACUUGUAGCCGUUGCAGUAAAAACUUGUAAAGUCGACGCAGACCUCGCAACUGCCGAAAAGUUCCUCGAAGAAGCAUAUAUUAUGCAGCAAUUUGAGCAUCCACACAUAAUACGAUUAAUUGGUGUCUGCUCUGAGGCUCCGAUAUGGUUGGUCAUGGAGUUAGCACGGCUUGGAGAAAUGCGCGCUUAUCUUCAGUCCAAUAAGCACAGGCUUGAUGUAGCCACUCUUCUAUUGUAUACUUUCCAGUUGAGUACAGCUCUAUCGUAUCUUGAGAGCAAAAAAUUCGUUCACAGAGACAUAGCUGCAAGAAACGUUCUGGUAUCAUCGAACACUUGCGUAAAAUUGGCUGACUUUGGUCUUAGCCGAUGGGUCGAGGACCAGAGCUACUACACAGCGAGCAAGUGCAAGCUGCCAAUCAAAUGGAUGGCACCGGAGAGCAUAAACUUCCGUAGAUUUACAACAUCCUCGGAUGUAUGGAUGUUUGGAGUGUGUAUGUGGGAAAUCCUGAUGUUGGGCGUCAAGCCAUUCCAAGGAGUGCGGAAUAACGAGGUGAUACGGAAGUUGGAAAAUGGAGAAAGGCUAGAACUCCCAAAGCAUUGUCCUCCAAGACUGUAUUCUCUGAUGUCUCAAUGCUGGAGUUACGAGCCAAGCAAGAGACCAACUUUCAAAGACAUACGAGAAAAUUUGCAUGAAAUUUUACGGGAAGAAAAGCACCAGCAACAAGAGACAAUGAGGCGAGAGAAUAGGAGAGUUCAAGCAAUGUCUUGGGGUGCAGACGAAGCCCCACCACCCAAACCAUCACGUCAACCACAAAACUCAAGCGAAUCGGGAAGUAGCAUGAGCUCAGUCGCUCCAGUGUCAACAUACAUUGUUGCCCAGAGUCCGGAGGUACUUGCCCAACUUCUCAAGGACAACCAAUCUCGGGGGGUAUGUCCCUCCGUCUACACAACCCCCGCAUCCCCAUUUAACACACUCGCAGUGCAAUUUCAAGACGAGGAUCAAGCUCUAACUACCGCCAUCGCUACUGACCUACCCUUCGCCCUUGACCAAACCGUAUCUUCUGAAACCUCUGCCCUUCACCACGAUACUCAUUCGAUCGAAGACAUGGACUCUCUAGACAGCAAUGACACAAUUUCACCACUAAUGUCGAGCCUUAGUAUGUCCGAAUCUAGUAUAGUUGCACAAACCCAGUCCCCAGUUACAGGGAGAAAGCAUCAAGUUAAAGACACCCAAAACUUGUACUCUGUCAGCUCGAAGCUGGUUGGCAGUAUUACUGGCGAUUUAUAUGCUCCUGUGCAAAAACUCGUCAUAUCAAAUCCCAUACCAAUAACUUCAUCUUCGCAGCCCGCAGGUACCUGCGGUGAAAUUUAUGGGCCGGUUGUUAACUUUACUCAGAGUUCUGCGAUCGUAGGAAACCUUAGUCAGAGUCCAAGUCUUGGUGGUAAUACCGGGGAAGGUUCAGGAAAUCAUGCGCAGACUGUUAGUGCCGACACGAUUGUUAUGGGACAAAUCCAAUACACGAAUAGCGCUCAUUUGCAAACAACCCAAGCUUCAUCUAGUUCAGUGAAUCAUUACGGUAAUUCCCCGAAUCAGUCAUACGUUGGUGGACAGAAUGCUGCUAGCACCGGUGCAGGUUACCCACGUAGUAGUGGUUUAUCCAGUGUGAGUAGUACAGUUCCUGUAUCAAAUACUGAGUGUCUCUACGGCCCCGUUAUGAAAUUUCGCGCUAGAGCUACGGUUCAAAAUCAAAGUGCAAAUCCAAUGUCCUCGACACCUCCAAGUGUAUCACAUAUUCAAAAUGCGAGAAGUAAUUUAGUGUAUAGCCCCAUGCCGGGACAAAAUUAUCAGCCGCAACCAUUUUAUCCACAAAAUUAUCAAGAUCAAGAACAAGUCUAUUCUAACGUGGUUCAAGCACGACCACUUUCUUACGGGUCUCGAGCCCAGUCUGGUCAAAACUUUCAAAGACAAAGCUCCCAGGGGCAAUAUAUCAUUUAUUCGCAAAACCAGCAAUGCGAGCAACAAAACGGUGCAAAUCCUAUUUAUACGGUUCAUGCCACACCUACAUCUGUCGCCCAAGCUCAGUGUUUCAAUCAAGCAUAUUCAAUGCAAAGCGGUCCUACUCAUAGUCAGCCUUUUCAACAGGCCACACCCCCUCAAACUUCACAUCCCGUUCAGUCCUAUAUGAGUACUUCCAAUCAUUCAACUCAGCAAGAAUUAUUGACAACUUUAGCAAAUACUGAGGCCUCACAAAUUUCACAUCAACAUUCGGAUAGCUCAAUAUUGCAAAGUUCACUCUCUGGGGCAACGGGCGUGGUGAAAGGUCACGGCUCUCAGGUACACCAUUCUACCUCCAAUCCCAUAACGUCACAAACAAAUCAACGUACCCAAGUAGCGACGGGUGUUAAUGUAACGCAGCAACAAAGUCUUCACACACAAUUGGCGACGGCAGUACCGAGGUCAAAUCCGCCCUUGUUGGCGACUGGGAUAGCAAAGAUAACUACGUUUGUAACUCAUAAAUCUGACGAACAGUUGACCCGUUCUAUCAACAGUGCGUUAUCUAGUUCCCUGGUGUCGUCAGCCGUUAGCGACAGCACUAUUUCGUCGACCAGUUCGGUGACGGAGGAAAGCCAACAAGAUCAGCGAAACACACAAUCGCAGCUGUUCGAUGGCGCUAUCGAGCACUUUGGUCAUAGUGUGGACGAUGAACAGAAAUUACUCGAACAAAGACUACUAGAACAGCAACGUCAGUCCGAAGAAGAUAGCAGGUGGCUCGCGAGAGAAGAGAAACGACUUUCGAUCGCAACUAGUGGCGACGAAAGUGGAAGUCCUCUAGGACCUCGUUCGGUGACCCAAUCACCCAGUAAUGAAGCUACACCCGUCAACACAGGAUCCCUUGGUCUAGAUAAGGGCUCUGAUAAAGUUAUCAUCGUCAAGAAAAUGGAACCGACACCGACAGCCGAUUUAGAUAGGACUAACGACAAAGUAUAUGACUGUACAACGAGUGUCGUCAGAGCUGUUAUGUCUCUUUCCCAGGGUGUGCAACAAAGUAAAGCCGAACAGUAUCUUGAGCUGGUAAGAAAGGUGGGUGUGGAACUACGAGCGCUCCUCACAUCUGUGGAUUCUCUAAUGGAAAUCUUACCGGCAUGCGCGCAUCGAGAAGUAGAAAUGGCUCACAAAGUUCUGAGCAAAGAUAUGGCUGAACUUGUUUCCGCUAUGAAAUUGGCCCAGAGCUACAGUGCCACAACUUUAGAUGCAGAGUAUAGAAAAGGCAUGUUAUCCGCAGCGCAUAUAUUGGCUAUGGAUGCGAAAAAUCUUUUGGAUGUCAUUGACUCCAUACGAAUCCGUUACCCGUAUGUUAACGAACAAAUUUGUCAAAGAGUGGAGGGAUCUAGUGAGCCCGAAUUGUCUGUAGAAAAUAAAGUUCAUUCCAGCCAAUCUGGAGAGAUACUAAGAAGGAGUCAGUCAACCGAACGGCAUGGAUCAAUGUUUAGGCAAAGCCAAAGUGGAGACGUGUUACACAGAAUGGGCCAAUCGGUAGAGAGAACACCUCAGGAUAGCCAAUCAGAUGUUAGUUGCAAUUCUACAAUAGAAAGAAGACAUCAUAUGGUGACGAACAGUUUGGAACGUAAUUCGACAGCAAGAAGACAAAUGGCGACUAAUAGUUUGGAGAGAAAGAGGCCGUCCCUAUCAUGCAAUAUGGGGAUUCCUGGCAAUCUGGCCAAUCUUCCGCCAUUGGUUCCGGUUUCUUGUAGCAUAGUCCAGUCAGCUACACCAGUCAUACAUCCGAGUCAUGUGGGUGGAACUGCAGUUGCCAACCAAUCUUCUUCCAUGUUUGCAGUUCACAAUGAAACGUACAAUGAAACAUCCAACGAAACGCUACCAAAUGACAGCUAACAACAGGACAACUUUAAUCCAGGAAAGAGUGUGACAGACUUAGCUUGUAUGCAGAUAAUCGCUAGGCAGUAACUACUAAGUUUAUGUCCUUCGAGUAGCAUUCUCACAUAUGAUCAGUGUUCCUGCUUCUUAGCUCUUUUAUACUUUUCAAUACAAAACCUUUUUGUCUGUGCGUACUUAUAGACAGGAUUGUAUUUAUUAGUGUAGUUUUAGAAAGAUUUUUUAGCAAAUAUGAAUCUAUAGCUACCUAUAUUAAAUUGGCAACUCAAAAAUUUUAGGAUCAUCGUGAACAUUUACUGUAAUAACAUCACGUGCAGAGAAUAACUAGAUCAUUUUUCAUUGCACAUAUUUCCGUAAGCUGAGACAUUUUUGUAAUUUAAAAAAGAGAAAUGUAGCUAAACUCACUAUGUGUGCGAGCUUGUUUGCGAUAUCAACGGAAGUAGAAAUGGUAGUUCAGAUAUAUCUGACAGAGUUGCGCAAAUACCUGUACGUACAAUUAGUGAAAAUAGUAAAACUAACGCGACUUGAUUGAACACGUAGAAGGAAAAUUACAUUUCAAUGAUUACCCAUACCUUCAUGGUUGUGUGUAAUAUACUCAGGAUCAAAAGUUUACUGUUAAUUGUUGCCAGAUGAAGAAUAGCUCGAGGUAUUUAACAGUCGCACGUAAAUAAAAGUGAAAACAUACAUGUUAGUAAAAAAAGCCCCCAUCGUCAGUUAUGAUACAUGACUCAGUUUUAUAGACAUUAUAAUUUUACAAGAUUGUUUUUAAAACAAAUUUAUCUAUCAAACUAACAAAACAAAAAUAUCUAUGCGUGACUAAUAAAGUUUUGUAAGGUAGAAUUGAAUCCCGACUGCACAAUUAUGUGUACAAUUUAAUCGAAGAAGUCCAUUCGCGGUAAGAUCCUACAGAUAUCUGACUAGCAUGUACUUGUUGUAAUACAUAUGGAAUCUAAAUGAAUAUUCGGUGCGUUGACAGCUCCUAAGACAAAUAUUUCUACGAAACUUCUAAUCGUAUUUUCUCCCCCUGUCACAAAAAUUUCUCACACUAUUGGAAAAUUGUCCCACGUUUGGAGUAGAAACAUGACGAGGAUAAAGAAUUUGAUUUUCCAUUAGCAGAAAAAUGAUACGACCACAAUGAAAAUUUUAAGAAAUCAAAUUUUUGCGUUGAUAUGAUCCUUCAAAACAUUUUCGUAGGAAAUUGUUUGGCUAACGUUAACUUGAGUUAUUCGCUUACAUCCAUAUUUUUGGUAACAUUAGCAGAAAAAUGAAUGUCCAAAUCACGAGUAUGUAACUGACCAAUAGCGGUAAACAAACGAAAAACAAUUGCUAAAUAAAAAUUCAAGUGCCAACUGAAAUAUAUUUAUUGCGAAAUAUUGGGAUUAUUACUGAUUGAAUAUUAUUCAUUGUCAUGCCUUUAUGACCACGAUUAGUAGACCAGUAUUUUAUAAUACGGAAAAAAAAUGUCACAAAGUAAAUUUGGUAGUGAUCAAUGCAUUAAUACGAAUACUAGAAGGAUUAUUUUUGAUUCGCAGUCGAAAACAAGGAUAAGUAUCUUGGUCUACAGUCCAUGAAUACGGAAUUCAAGCGGCCUAUGUAACACCACUAUUAUAUCACUUUCGGGAGUGGAAAUUAAUCGUAACUACCAGAGUCGUCACAUUUUUAAAUAUCAUUCCGUGUAGGUAUUGGCGGUAUUGGCCAAUAAAUCCCAUACGCUUAUUUUUAUGCUUCUCAUGCAAAAGCUAGAUAUUGCGCUACUAUAAGCGUCUAAUAUCAAAAUAUCGUAAUACGCUAAGCUAUUAGGGGCAAUUAAAUUUUCGAGUCAUUGAAUACUCCGCUUCGUGCAAUGGAUUUUGUACUAAGAGUGAGUUUGCUUUACUUGAUUUGAAAAAGAUAAGUGCGAAAAGUUACGUAUUGAGCAGUAAUCGAAGUACGUGUAUUCUUGCAUUUAGUCAAUUAUAUUUUCUGACUUGAGAUGUAUUCAUACAAGAUUCAAUGCUAAGCAAUGGAUAAUAUUGAGACGUAUGGUGAUCCAGAAUUAACAUACUUCCCUUUACCAGUGGAUUCUUUCUAAAUAUGUAGCAAAAAUGACUAAUAAACAUAUUUCGAGGGAUUGAAAAUUUUAUAAUACAAGCUAUUUCCAUUACCCAAUUUUAUAACAGAAAUGAGCUGAUCCCUUCACAUGCAUAGGUAUGUAAUAAUGCAUUAGAAAUUUCAUUAUUAUACUUUUACAAGGAACCCACUGGCAUAGAAAGUUGCGAUCUUUUAGGAUCACCCAUGUAUGUGUCUGUAAGUAAAUGCUAAAGAUUGCGAUUAUUGUAGUAUUUAUGAUUAUUAUGAUUAAAAAAAGAAUAAAUGAUAAUUAUGACACGUUUUUUGUAAAAAUCGAAAGGUUUAAACAAAUGUUACUAUCGAAAUUGAUAUAGUGAAUUGUACGUAAUUUAAAAAUAUUGUAAGAGUAUCAUGUCUGAUAACUUAUAAGAACUAGUUUUACUUAUUAUUUGUCAAUACUGCAUCGAUAUUCGAGAAGUCAGGUGAUUAAUUGCUACAUUGUAUAUAUAAAAAGAAUAAUUCAAGUCCGUCGAGAGGCAUGGCAACUCAAUGCAGUAUUAAUGAAAAUAAUGUAAUAGUAUAUCUAUAUUGAGUUGAUUCAGAAACAAAUAACCUGCAAUUUUCCACCAUGGUAACUCCUAACAAAUUUGUUUAGGUUGAAAGAACAAUUCUGUUAAAAGAUGAGCGUUCUACGUUAUAUCGAAGAUCGCGCUUAGUUGAUUUUUCACUUUUAUACAUUUUUUUAAAUUUAUGAAGUAUCAAUGAAAUUUUUUUUCUAUUGCUUACAUCAAUUAUAACAUCAAUUUAUGUUACAAAGAAGACCCACACUUAUUAUAAUAAGUCUCUAGUUGAUGUUUGUGAAGUGUGUCUGAUGACAUCAUUAAAUCAAUCUCAUAAAAAAGUUAUAAUUUAAUAUAAACUCUUAAUUUAAAAGGAUAAGAUUAUCCAGUUGAAGUGCAACACGUUAGUAAAAGUGAUACACAUUAUCUUCAAGGAUUCGAAAAAAUAUUUAAAAAAAAAGGUGCACAAUCAAAUGAGCAUGAUCUUCUUUUGACAGAAUCUUUCUUUUAAUCAAAACAAACUUUUUAGGGGUUGCCACGUUGGAAAAUAAUUUUUUUCUGAAAUACCCUAAUCUAUGUAUUCUUCAUUUUUCAUUUAUAAAAAGACAUUUUACUUCUUCAUAAUGUAAUAAAAUAUUGCAAAGUGACUUUAUAAUUCGUAAAAAUGUAAAUUUAUUUAAUUUUACGUUGAAUAAGAUGCUUAACAGUAUAAUUUAGUUUCUUAUCAUAUUAAUUGCAUCCUCCUACUGUAGAAGUGGCUAAGGAUAUACUGAAAUUUCAAUAGACAUUGAUCUGGUCUUGACGACGAUACCUGGCUGGUUUUAUAGCAAUGCAAUAUGUCACACCUCCACAACGGACGUUUGUACAACGUUGAUUUACGUAAAACACCAUAACUACUUAGCAAAUAUACAUUUCUGAUAUUUAUACCAUCAACUCCCGAACUUAUAGUGGUAGCGUAAUAACUUGAAAUGUACUAGUGCUCUGUUACAAUAGACAUCCAAGUGUUUUUUACACGCAAAAGUUCAGACUUCAUCCCUGAACGAAUUAUGGUGUUUAUCUAUAUUAUUUUGAGGUUUGGACCAUAAGCGAACAAGUGUCAGACCCUGCAACGAUCGCAAAUAGGCAAGACACAGUCAGUAGAGGCAAAGUCCAACACCCUGAGCAUACAGCACUUGGACUACAGAAGACGUAAAAUAAAAGUAAAUAAAACCAAAGUGAUUAGUUGUAACAAAUGCCAGAUAUCUGGAUGAACAAUAACUAAUCAGCGUAGGUUGUUAAAGCUAAUAAUAAGACUACAUGCUUUCUCUAUCCAAUUUUAGCAAAACUAUACAAAGAUAAACGGGGAAGCAGAAAAAUUGCUAAAAUACAUAUUCAUGUAACCAGCAAUUGAAUGAAGUAUUGGAAUUGCAUAAACUGUAAUCUCAUUUAAAAAAAUAUUUGUAAAUUUGUGUAAAUGUUUAUUAUGUAUUAUGAAAUACAUGCAAAAUAAAUUAUGCAUAUGAUUUGAUCAAA